UCCGGGAAACGUCUGGAAGAUGGCGGCGAGUGCAGACGAGAUUCCAGCUUGCUCCGAGUAACCUUAACUUUUAUCCCUCUCAAACUUACUUAAAUGUAACGGAACUUGGCUUAUAGUAAACACAAUAGAGAACAACGCUUAGUUGACCGAUAAUUUGAUUCAAAACUUUGAGAAAUGGAAGGAAAUAAUGUGCGAAAGAGCAAAGGGAGGAGAAGGCAGUUGCUAGCUGAGCACUCAUACGUUGGAGAAAAACCGCCACCUGACUCCUCAGGAGAAGAAAUGGAGGAUUCUGGACAUUCGGUUGAUUCUGAAAAUGCAGUCAAUAGUCCUGCACCCAAAAAGACACAGAAAGAAUUGUCUUUGCGCGAACUACAGGUCAACGUAAUCGAUGCUGUCUCUGCAAAGAUAAACGAAAGAGCCGAUGGUCUGGAGAAAAUCAUACGCCAAAACGCAUCAAAAAUAGUUGACCUCUCAAUCAUGCAUACAAGAGUAUCGAAGAGCUUAAACUUGCAAACACUGCUACGUCUGAGAAAUGCACUGCUCAGGAGAAGACCAUCGCAGACAUGCAAGAGCGCUUAUCGGAAGCGAUACCGGAGAAGGUGGGGGCUACGGCUUUACGGUGUCCCGGAGGACCAGGAUGAGAAUGUGAAGCGCUUAGUAAAAGACAUCUGUAACCGUGUGGCACCGGACUUCCCCGAUGGAUAUAUGGCUGUGGAUGUUGCUCAUCGUAUUGGGAAGAAACAAGAUGCCAUCGUCAGCCGCUCGAUCAUCAUCCAGUUUGCUUUUCGCACAGCGAGAGAUGCAGUUUGGAAGAAAGCAAAGGAAAGCGCCUUUCUGAAAGAGAGAACUUAGAUUCGGGGAGGACUUGACUGCAGCAGACAAGGCAACAAAGGCAAAAUUGUGGCCUCUUGUACAACAGGCCCGAAAUCAAGGAAAGGGUUGAUACUACAGGGGAAUCAGAGCCUUUUUCGCCAACGGAAAAGAAAUACGACCGGGGUGAUUUGUUCUGUCGGUUUCCAAAUCUGGUUCAGGCUUGUUGGCCGGUUAAUGCAUAGAGUUAAGAGGGUGAAACUUGAAGACGAAACAGAAGGUAGUUGGAAAAGUUAUUCAGCUUUCAGAAUGACCGCUGUAGAUGAGCUCUCGGACAGCACGGAGGUAGUGGAGAUGGAGGACGUGCCCUCCCAGUUCUUUGUGGAGAAGCACUCGUGGGACGGCCUGCGGAACAUCAUCCAUAGUAGCCGCAAGUACACGGGCAUGGUCAUCAACAAGGCCCCGCAUGACUUCCAGUUUGUCCAGAGGCAGGACGAGUCAGGCCCAUACUCCCAUCGACUCUACUACCUCGGAAUGCCCUAUGGAAGUAGGGAAAACUCGUUACUUUACUCAGAGAUUCCCAAGAAGAUUCGGAAAGAGGCCCUUCUGGUGUUGUCGUGGAAACAGAUGCUAGAUCACUUUCAGGCCACCCCUCAUCAUGGGGUGUACUCCCGGGAGGAGGAGCUGCUGAGGGAGAGAAAGCGCCUGGGGGUCUUUGGGAUCACAUCGUAUGAUUAUCACGCCGAGAGCGGCCUUUUCCUGUUCCAGGCCAGCAACAGCCUGUUCUACUGCCGGGACGGAGGCCAUAAUGGCUUCAUUCAGGCGUCCCCCAUGAAGCCUGUAGAGAUUAAGACCCAAUGCUCAGGCACUCGAAUGGACCCCAAGAUCUCCCCAGGCGACCCCACCUUCAUGGCCUUCAUCAACGGCAACGACCUGUGGGUGGCCAGCAUCGAGACUGGGGAGGAGAGGAGACUCACCUACUGCCAUAAAGGGCUGAAUAACGUGAAGGAGGACCCCAAGUCUGCAGGCAUUGCCACCUUUGUAAUCCAGGAGGAGUUUGACCGCUUCACGGGCUACUGGUGGUCGCCAGCUGCUCCUGAAGACCCAGAUGGGGGGAAGACCCUCCAGUUACUGUAUGAGGAGGUGGAUGAGUCAGAGGUGGAGUUAAUUCACGUUCCCUCCCCAGCCCUGGAGGAGCGCAAGGCUGAUGUUUACAGAUACCCCCGCACAGGGAGUAAGAAUCCUCAAAUUACUUUCAAACUGGUAGAAAUCAGAACCGACCACCUUGGCAGAAUUGUAAGCACCCAGGACAAGGAGCUGGUCCUGCCUUUUACCACCCUUUUCCCUGGGGUCGAGUACAUCGCCCGCGCCGGCUGGACAAAAGACGGCAAAUAUGCAUGGGCGGUACUGCUGGACAGGAGUCAACAGAGGCUCCAGUUGGUCCUGCUGCCCCCGGCCCUGUUCAUCCCUGUAACCCAGGACCAGGCUCAACGGGAGGAGAGUGUGGAGGCUGUGCCAGAGGGGGUCCACCCCUUCAUCAUCUACGAGGAGAUCACUGACAUCUGGAUCAACGUCCAUGACAUAUUUUAUCCUUUCAUUCAAACAAACGAUGAUGAGAUCACCUUCCUCUGGGUGAACGAGUCCAAAACUGGCUUCUGCCAUUUGUACAAAGUCACCACGCUGUUACAACAGGGCUGCUACCAGUGGACCAGAGACUACAUGCAGACAGAGGAGGACUUUAAGUGCCCGAUUAAGGAAGAGGUGACGUUAACCAGUGGGGAGUGGGAGGUGUUGGCCAGACAUGGCUCCAAGAUCUGGGUGAACGAGGCUACCCAGCUGGUGUACUUCCAAGGUACGCGGGACACGCCCCUGGAGCAUCACCUAUACACUGUGAGCUACGACUCCCCGGGGGACAUGGUCAGGCUGACCAAGCCAGGCUUCUCCCACAGCUGCUCCGUAAGCCAGAAUUUUGACAUGUUUGUCAGCCAUUACAGUAACGUCAGCACACCUCCCUGCGUCCACAUCUACAAGCUGAUGGGCCCAGAGAGUGACCCACUGCACAAAGAGCCUGAGUUCUGGGCUAGCAUGAUGGAGGCCACAGGGCGCCCAGGAGAUUACAUCCCACCAGAGAUCUUUACUUUCCCAGGGAAUUCAGGGUUCCACCUCUACGGCAUGUUGUACAAACCACACAACUUGGUACCUGGCAGGAAGCACCCUACAAUCCUCUUUGUGUAUGGAGGCCCCCAGGUGCAGUUAGUAAAUAACACGUACAAAGGAGUGAAGUACCUGAGGCUGAAUACGCUAGCGUCACUAGGCUACGCCGUCGUGGUCAUUGACGGGAGAGGCUCCUGUCAGAGAGGCCUCAAGUUCGAGGGGGCUCUGAAAAACAAAAUGGGCCAGGUGGAGAUCGAGGACCAGGUGGAGGGGCUGCAGUACGUGGCUGAAAAGUACACUUUUGUGGACCUGAGUCGCGUGGCCAUCCACGGCUGGUCUUACGGCGGCUUCCUCUCCCUCAUGGGCCUCGUCCACAGGCCCAACGUCUUCAAGGUGGCCAUAGCGGGUGCCCCUGUGACGGUGUGGAUGGCCUACGACACCGGUUACACGGAGCGCUACAUGGACCUACCUGAGAACAACCAGCAGGGAUACGAAGCCGGUUCUGUCGCCUUGCACGUAGACAAGCUGCCCAGCGAGCCUAACCGGUUACUUAUAUUACAUGGAUUCCUUGAUGAGAAUGUGCACUUUUUCCACACCAACUUCCUGGUGUCUCAACUGAUCCGUGCGGGGAAGCCGUAUCAGCUACAGAUCUACCCCAACGAGAGACACAGCAUCCGCUGCCCAGAGUCUGGAGAGCACUAUGAGAUUAUGCUGCUGCACUUCCUCCAGCAGUACCUCUGAGGGCUGCAGUUGAAUGAACAGAGCCCCUUCCCCACUCUUUCUCCCCCCCCCCCCCCGUUGCCCAAUGUCACCAUGCACCUUCACAUAUACCACAGGAGGCUGGUGAGUGGAGGACUGGUCAUAAUAGCUGGAAUGGAGUGAAUGGAAUGGUAUCAAACAUGUCUGAUGUAUUUGAAACCAUUCCAUUUAUUCCGUUCCAUCCAUUACUAUGAGCUGGUCCUCCCCAAUUAAGGUGCCACCUGUGACAAACACACUGUGUCCCAUUAUCUGCCAUUUGCAUCCGAUCCCUCACCCUACUCUUAAAAACGGAGAUUUUUUAUAAUAGCCUGGAGAAGCCCUCCCAUGCUACCAACCCCUUCCCACGCCAAGAGCAGAGUGUUGUCACCUGUCAGUUUUUAACUGGACAAUGACUGCAAAGAAGGAGAGAAGUAGAAAAUAUAGAACAAACAUUGAGCAUUUUGAGAAAAAGAGCUCAUUAGCAUCUUGGAGUGAUUUUCUGUUUUUAUUUGGGAUUUUUGUGCCACACCCUGUUAGCAAGGGGGACCAUUAUGAAAAUAUAUGGACUCAAUACUGUUAGUCGCUCUGGAUAAGAGUGUCUGCAAGUGACUAAAAUGUAAAUGUUUUGUUUGUUCAUACUUUGGACUGUGCUGUUGUAAGUCAUGGUGGAUUACAGUGUUGUGUGGUGAGCCAAAUGGCGUGGCCGCUGAGGACGGAAACCACACACUACCUGCAACUGGUAUUUUAAGUGUGUGUUGAAAUAAAAAAAAGUAUUUUUAGGAA